AUAUCAUAUAUUGUAGUUUGUACGUAAGGUUCGACGAUGGUUCGUCUUAGCAUCGCUUUCCUUUCCGGUACCCUUCGAGCGACACGGUUACGUAACGAGAGGGUCCGUUUCCGGCGUCGAUUAGAUAGCGGUGAGACACUGAAAAGGCACAGAAAGAAACCAGUUUUUAAGGAGUGUCGUUAAGAGAAACGUUUCUGUCCCAAGCAGCGACAUUAAAUGUAAAUUUACGAUGUUCCGACGUUAACUUCAUUGAAAUAUAUCUUCCGCUAACACGGCAUUUUACAAGCUGUGUUUUAGAUAACUUUGCUUUCCGGAAGAGAAUCAAGACUCUUCCGUCGCUAAACGGUUUUCAGUGAAGAUCGAGACCUAGCAUUUUGUAUCCAUUACAAAAAUUAACGUGCGUCCUUAAUAUAAGUCGAGGUCUUCGUAGCAGCCGCUGGCAGAUCAAUAUUUAACACAAUAUACGCACGACCGACAUGCGAGGUCUCUUCAAGAUAAAAGCCGCGAAACGAUGGCCCUGUAGCGAUUAAAACAGCUGACACUUACACGCCCGUUUAGAUACGAGACCGAAUCUCGAGUACGACUUAAUUUAUUUAAUUUAUUUAACUGUUAUUGAUUCUACGCCAAAUGCUCUGUAUGUACGAGCUAUUCAUGUGGAAAUCUUCGACAUGAGUUGCUCGAUAGUAGUUUCUCUUCGAUGUACAUGCACGAAUGGCGACUGUGUAAAUGAACGAUGACUGAAACGGGUAUGGGUUUUGAAUGUACAAUUCAAUUAUAACGAAUUUUGAUUAACUAGCUCCUUAGGGAUGUCAGAUAAUCAAAAAGUCACCAAAAAAAGCGAUUAAAAGUAUUUAUUUAUAAAAUCGUUUCGACUUCUUUUAUUCCAUACUUCGCCACUUUUGCAAAUAUCACAUUUCCUAUAUGUAAACAGCAGAGUAUCGCGUAACAUACUACGUUAUCACAGUGCGUCAUCGUUCUAUUCGGUAUGUCGAAUAAUAGUUUCGGUAGUCUAAAAUCUAUACAAUGCCGAACGUUUAUUUAUUAACAGCCAUUUCAUCCGAUUUUCAGCGGACUUGUCGUCAAGGAACAACGAUAAUUUCCACUUUAAAAAAGAAUACCGUAAUGUCGCAUCCAUGACCGUAAUUACUUUCAGAGGUAACAAAAAAUCCUUGAAUGUUUAUCUACAAUAAUUCUUACGAUCGUCACCUUGAUCCUUAUCGUCUUAUUAUCGAAACGCGUAAAAAGAAGCUCACGAAAUGCAAUUUACACCCCUGUAAAAGCGUUUCAUCUAUCAAUUCGCACAUAAAGAUUAAACGAAUACAUUCGUUGUUUUCAGAUUCGAUAAGUUGUCUAGCUGUCACCGUAAACACAUUAAUCAUGCUCAAAUACGAAUGGUAUUGCCAUCUAAUUGCAACCAAACAUUACAUCGACGACGAUCUUAUCUCGUAAAAAUAGGAGCACGUCCUUGGUCAAACUCGUUCGUACUUUCCUCGCUCGAUAAUUAUUAGCUCGUUACGGACAUUGUUACAAAAUGUGCAGAACCUAACGAAAUAAGGAUAAUUUUGGAAUAAUAGAAAAAUAUGGGCUGCCCGCAUACGCGAGUAUCGUCUACGAUAUCCUUAUAGUGUUUGACGUCAUAGAUGGUUAACGGAAUGAAUAAUUUGGUGUUUCCAAUUACGACAAUGAUCAGGUGCAGAAAUCGUUUAGAACAAGGCUACAUGGACCGACCAGUCUUCCAGGAUGGACACUACAGAAGUUGAGUUCAAGUUUGGCAAAUGGCUCGUCGAACGGAUCCUCGAAAGAAGUCAGACAAGGAAGAUAAAAGCAAAGGGAAAAACGGAAACGAGAAAUCACCGAACAAUACCCGGAGUCAGAUAACAGCACGGAGAGGCGACGUACGUAGGUGGGGAACACGAGACACACGAUGUGGAAUAAAUAGUGGCCUGAAAUCGAGCGGAAUUCAGUCGCACCGCUGUUGUACCAUCGUCGUUCGCGUUUUAUAUUCACGAGGAACUCGUCAGAGGUCAUCGUGAAGUCAUCUAGUCCUACGUAACAGUAAGGAUAGGUACCGAUCGAUAAGCGUACCGGCGAGCCGAUAUUCCCUGGUUAGCUUCAGACUUGCCGGAUAACCUGUCCAGUUGAAGCACCGCGUUCGAAUUCAUGUUCCCGUCGUCGUAGUCGAAGGAUGAUGCUGCAAGUGUUGCUCCUGCUGGCCCGUACGCUGCUCGUCGACGCGUUCUUUUUCGGCUUUCUACCGAACGCGCCCAAAGACGAAGGCAAACAGGAGUUGGACAUUUACUGGAACGUGCCUACCUUUAUGUGCCAUAAGUACGGACUGCGAUUCGAGGAGGUGUCGGAGAAAUACGGGAUCCGACAGAACGCGAUGGAUCAAUUUCGCGGCGAUCAGAUCGCGAUCCUUUACGAUCCUGGAAUGUUCCCGGCAUUGAUGAAGGACUCGACGGGGAACGUAGUGGAGAGAAACGGUGGUGUCCCGCAACAAGGCAACCUCACCAAGCAUCUCGAAGUGUUUCGGGAACAUCUGAUCAAUCAGAUACCGGACGAGUCGUUUCACGGUGUCGGGGUGAUCGAUUUCGAGAGUUGGAGACCGAUCUUCCGUCAGAAUUGGGCUUCCCUCCAGCCGUACAAGAAACUCUCCAUAGACAUCGUACGCCGGGAGCAUCCGUUCUGGGACAGCCGGAGCGUGGAACAGGAGGCGAAACGCAGAUUCGAGAAGUACGGUAAACUUUUUAUGGAGGAGACGUUGAAAGCUGCCAAAGAAAACAGACCGUCCGCCCGUUGGGGCUACUACGCUUACCCUUACUGCUACAAUCUGACGCCGAAUCAACCUAGUUCUCAGUGCGAUAGCGCCACGGUCCAGGAGAACGACAAACUGUCAUGGUUGUUCGAGCUAGAAGACGUUCUUUUUCCCUCGGUUUACUUGAGGCUGAGUCUGACCAGCGGCCAAAGAGUCGGCCUAGUCGGGGGUAGAGUGAAAGAAGCUUUGAGAAUAGCGAAGCAAACGACGACCAGGAAAAGGGUUUUGCCCUAUUACUGGUACAAGUACCAGGAUCAAAGGGACACGUAUCUGAAUAAGGCUGAUCUCGAGGCCACUCUACGAAAGAUCUGGGAUCUCGGCGCGGACGGUCUAGUGAUCUGGGGAAGCUCUAACGACAUCAACACCAAGCAAAAGUGUCUGGAGUUCAGAGAAUACCUGAACAACGAUUUGGGACCUGCAGUCGAACGUAUUAGGCAAACCGCCACGAACCAAAGCCAGUAUAGCGGCAAUUUCACGGACAAUCGGGUCGACGUGAGCGUCGAUCAGGUCUGACGGCGACAAAGAAGCUACGGGUCCUUUCGCAACGGGGCGAAGUGUCAGGAGAGAAAUUGUAAAGAGGAUCGUUUAGUUUCUUAGGCGUGCGAUUACCAUACGUGACGUACACGGAGGAGUUGUUCGACCUUCGAAAUAGAAAGACGAGGUGUGUUCGCGAAACCAAAACCGUCUGAAACCAAAGACUAGUCGAGACUCGAUAACGAAGAAAUAAAUUUCCUAUGAAACUGUCGCCUCUUUCAUUCCGUCCGACUCGGAAGCGGUUCCGAUUUAAAGUAGAAUAAGAUUCUUUCCUCGAGUAUCGUUGUUCGGAUGUCCGUCGCCAUAGGAGGGCAACGGAGAAACUGGCGAUCGGAGAGGUUCGACGACGAACGGCGCUUUAGCACUAGUAUAUACGACAAGUUUUACUGGUUCGAGGUGUAAGGCCUCGGGCGAUCUUGCUUUUUACAGAGUACACGCGACGUCGUUGUAGAGGUAGUCAAAGAUCUCUCUUGCUUACCGUUGAUUCCUCCCCUCUACCAUCUUGUUCCGUGACUGAUCCUUUCUCUUUCUGUUUCCACGAGGAUACCUGGAGAAACUGGGAGAACGAGAAAGAG